AUGGUGGGUAUCAAAGACGUAACGAAGAAAGAGCGAGAGCAUCAGGGCAGGACUGGUGGUGUGGUACGCCUUGCGUAUCUCACGGCCGCCGUACCACGUGUCGGCGAAUCCUGCGGUCAGGCCCUUGCACGCGAAGAGAGUGCCCCAAUCGAGGUUGAUACAAACGGAUGGGUAACGCAGUCCGAUCCUGCCGCUACAGCGUCACUUUGCUUCAACAACCUCACGCUGGAAGACGGCAUCUCGUACGUUGCCAAGUUUGGCAAGCAUCACGGUGCUUGUUUCGGUGACGUACUUACCCACGCUGGCUACAAAGAUGUUCCUGUGUCUUGGUUAUUCGCAGAAGAGGACCUUAUCGUUGUACCAAGGGUACAGCAAACUGCCAUCGAUGUUAUCGAGGGAAGUUGGGUCGGUACAGAGAGGGACGGGAUGAAGGUGGAUGUUACCAAGGUCGCCUGCGAUCACUUUCCCCUCGUUCUUGAUGAGAAGAGAGAGCAAGUGAGUGUUUGGAUUGAGGGCCUUGUCGAGAAAGGAGGCCGCGAAUAG